UAACCGGAACAGAGCGGGCAGGUCCUCCGCCACCGUGGCGACCGUGAACACAUCACGGAGUCUCCGGGGUUUCGCUGCGGCAGCUCGGUGCGGCUUUGAGGAGCAGCCGCGGGGACAGAGGCGAGCUGCUGGGACCGAGGAUCUCACAGGUUCCGCCGGGGCACACAUGUCUGUCAGAGAGCUGAGCACCUCCGUCAGAACCUUCCAGUACGAUCUGAAACCAGAAGUACCUAACUCUGAAGGCAGGAAGCUGUUUUUUGACACACAUGCGGUGGUACGACUCUUUGAAGACAAUGGUUUCACAACUCAGCAAGCUGAGGUGAUGGUGAAAGUGCUGGUGAGGAUGACCGCCUCCAACAUGGACGUCAUCUAUAACGACAUGGUCACCAAAGUGCAGCAGGAGAUAAUGCUGCAGCGUGUGAUGUCUCAGAUUUCAUCUGUGAAGAAGGACAUGAUCAUUCUUGAGAAGAGCGAGUUCUCCACUUUGCUGGCAGAGAACGAGAAACUCAAGAUCCAAAUACUGCAGCUGAAAGUCGGACUGUCUGAUAUCAUGAAUAAAGUUCGCUCAGACACUAUUUUGGACAUGAAUUUAGAGAAAAGCCGUGUAAAGGAACUGAAAUCCCAGCACGAGAAGAUGCUUCUGGAAAUGCGAACUGAAAUCAUGGAAAUGACUGCUGACCAAGAUCGUCAUUUGACCCAGACCAACAUGAAAAUAGACACUGAAGCGGCCGGUUUGAAAACCAUGUUGGAGUCACACAAACUGGAUACAAUAAAAUACCUUGCAGGUUCUGUGUUCACAUGUCUCACUGUAGUCCUUGGUUUCUAUCGUAUUUGGAUGUAAACUGUUAUCAGUACACAGAAACUCCAGCAUUCCUCUGAAAGCCCAGUAUUCAUUUCAACCAGUUACUAGGCCCUGCACUGGAUAUCAGGGUGGGCCAUCAGAGGAGAACACAACGUCCUCUAGCUCUGACCUUGCUCACCUCUAACCUUCUCUCCCCGGGCAUAAGGACUGUUUACCUGUGGUAAAACAUGAACUUUCAACAUCUCCUCUGAAUAUGUCAGCAUUCAGAGACCAAUUCCUUCUCACGUCUGACCUUAAUUUGUUGCAUUUCAUUGAUCCGAAUUUUUGUUUGUGCUCCUUAUUACCUUAUUCCCAUCAUCAUUUUCUGAUAUGAUAAACUGAGAAGAAGAAGCAAAGGAAGGAACACAAUUACACCAGUUUUUUACAGACAUACAAUCGCUUAAUUAAUAGCAAAUACUUGAUGUUUUAGCUGCCUAGAGAUAUUUCAUCUGCUGUUACUUUGUUGAUUUUUAAUUUCUCAACAGUGCACAGUGAUAAAGAAGUGCCAGUCAAGUCUACCUUUAUGAAUGAUAUAUAAUAGUGUUUGGAGCUGAACUGAAACUUUUUAAGGGGUAUGUAAAUAUUUUAUUUAUGGGCAUAAUAUGCUGUAAAAUAAGCUGUCGGUCUGGAUCUCAAAAGGGAUUUAUGUAAUUUAUGUAACCACUAUAUUAUAACAUAUAUUUUAUUUUAUUUUAACUUUCUAGCUGUUUUAACUGGAUUUUUUGA